UCAGUUAGAGCUGCUCUUCACAUCCUCUCUGUAUCGCUCGCUUUCAAUCUUUAAAACCAUUUGCAUCCAAGAACCGAAACAAAGACAUUUCCUCAUGACUUGAGCUGUGAGAAUCAACCCAAAAUCAUGACAAUGAGCUUUUUUGGAAAACUGAAGAACCUACACAGUGGACCUCCAGCGCCACCUAAAAGAACAGAUAACAAUGCAGGGUUUGGGUGGCCACAAGAUGAGUUUGAUGACGAGGAAGGCGACAUGUAUGAAGCACCUCCUUGUGAGCGUCCGGCUAUGAAAGUCCCACAGAGACAAGUGGAGGAAAAUGUUUAUCUGGAGAGGACGUCCAGCCCUGCUGUUCCACAGAGGCAGGCUGCUCCUCCACCCAGGGCGGGAAAAGCUUUGAAACCUCUGCAACGGGCCAAUGUUUUCAGCUAUGAAGCCAACACCAGGAAACCACCUGAAAUAGACAGAACUGAGAAGCCUGGGAGAAACAAGAUGAUGCCUCCUCCACCAGUCCGGUCUGUUCCUGCUCCAGUCCCUGUGUCCAACACCGAGGAAGAUGUGUAUCUGGAUCCAAAUGAAGAACAGGAAGAUAAUGAUGACCUAUAUUUAGAACCAACAGCAGCUUGCGCUCCUGCCCCUCGAGGGCCGAUGAGGCCGAUGCCUCCAUCUCCCAAGACGGCACUUGUACCAUCUCCCAUACCCAUGAUGAAGCCUCCUGUUCCCAGAGCCAAGUCUAAUUCGUUCUUGCCUUCCUUAAAUGAGGUAAAAACAGCUCCUUCAGUUGAAGCACGACGUGCCACAUUUCCUACCAAACUCCCUCCGCCAACCCCCAGUGUUAAGCCCCCUCUUCCUGCAAACCUGAAGGAAGCUAAACCCAGCCCUCCAAAUCAUCCUAUGGCAGGCACUAAGCCUGUGGCCUCCUUUGGUGGUAUGAGGGCAACCAAACAAUCUGGGAACGAGAGUAAAGAGUGGUUUGCCGGAGACUGCAACAGAAAGACAGCGGAGGACCUCUUACAGAGGGUCAACAAGGACGGUGCCUUCCUCAUCCGUCACAGCUCGGCGCAGAACUCCCGCCAGCCUUUCACCCUGGCUGUGCUCUACCAGCAGAAGGUGUACAAUAUUCCCAUCCGCUUCCUGGAGGAGACACAAGGCUACGCCCUGGGAAAAGAGGGCAAGAAGAACGAAGAGAUUUUCACCAGUCUCGACGAAAUGAUUUCUCACCACAGAAAUAACCAGCUGCUUCUGAUCGACAGCAAGAGCCAGGCCAAGCACACAGCCUAUUUAACCAAGCCUGCACGCCCUUAAAAGUACACUACUACAGCCUCUCUUAUAUUGUGUUCAUAUGAGUCAUAUCAGGAUAAUUGCACUGUUUGAAAGUUUCCAACUUGGAAAUAAUGCAGGCUUUUUUUUUUUUUUUUGUUGAUAAAUUGAAAUAGAGAAUGCAAACUGUCAUCACACUGAAAUAUUGGCAGAGAUGAUGUAAAUACCACAAACUGUUGCUCCACCACACUCAGCAGCAAGAUGACAUGACAGCAGCAUAAACGCAAAACUUAAAGCUCAGAGACCGUCAAGUUCUGUCGUUUGACAAGGCGAUUUUUGUCUGUUUUGCACCAUGACUCACCAUUUUAGCAAUAAUUGCACAAGCUUAACAGUUCUCUGGUGAAAAGGGAAAAUGUGUCACUGUUUUACUGUAACAAUCCUCCUGUCUCUAGGUGGAGAAUUUGCUGUCACAUCACUGUAUUUCGCUGACUUUUAAAUACACAAACAGAACAUUUCUGCUUUUAUGAGAUAUCAAACCUCAUCACAAGAGCUUUCUCAAUUUGCAGCUAUAAUCUUCACCAUCUCUUUGAGCCUCAUACUCAUUUCCAUUAUUAUGAUCAUGCGUGAUGAACCGUUGAGAUAAAUGUCAGUAAUUUUAUUUUAAUCGUGAGUAUAGAUUUUGUGUGUAUCUUUUUUCCCUAGCUUAGUUUUUUGUUUGAUGACUUUGAUUUUGAAGAGACUGUAUGUUACAGCUGUCUGUUUGGUGUGAUAUUGUAAUAUAGAUCAUAAA